AUGACCAUUCAAGCGGCGGCGGUUCGGAUCGUCGAAGUAGGUCCGCGCGACGGCUUACAAAACAUCCGAGAUCAGAUUCCCACUGCCACGAAGCUGGAGCUGAUUCAGCGACUUGAAGAAUGUGGGCUUCGGACUAUUGAGCUGACAUCUAUUGUCUCACCGAGGGCUGUACCUCAACUUUCGGAUUGUCGCGAUGUACUCGGAAAUGAAAGAGUACAGAAGUCUAUUAAGAAUACCGAUUUACGACUGCCUGUUCUGGUUCCUAAUAUUAAAGGACUGAAUAUCGCCAUUCAACACGGCGUCAGGGAGAUCGCGGUAUUUGUUAGCGCAACGGAGGGAUUCAGCAAAGCAAACAUCAACUGCAGCGUUGAAGAGGGCAUCAAUAGGGCAAAGGAAGUGACUUCACUAGCGCUUCAAUCUAAUAUUGUCGUGAGAGGCUAUGUAUCCUGUAUCUUUAAGGACCCAUAUGACGGUCCCACUUCACCAGAAUCAGUUCUCCGCUGUGUCAAAUCACUCCUCGACGCCGGAUGCUACGAAGUGAGUCUCGGCGAUACACUCGGCGUAGGCUCACCAUCCAACGUCCGCAGUCUUUUAACCUAUUUAACGCAAAAUGGCAUCCCAAUUGCCAAUCUUGCUGGCCAUUUCCAUGAUACAUACGGCCAAGCAGCAGCAAAUGUCUGCGAAGCGUAUCGAGCUGGUAUCCGCGUGUUCGACAGCAGCGUGGGUGGUCUUGGCGGAUGUCCAUUUGCACCCGGAGCAAAGGGCAAUGUCGCCAGCGAAAGCCUCGUGGGCAUGUUCCAUGACGCGGGGAUCGAAACAGGUGUCGACUUGCCCAAGUUGAUGCAGACUGGAGAAUGGAUUUUGAAACAACUUAAUAAACCGACUUCGGGCCGUAUCGGCAUGGUGGCCUCUGCUAAUAAGAUUGGGGAUGUCAAGAACAAGACUUCUAGAAUGGGCUUGCGCUGGUCUCUUCAUUCCGAGACUGAUGGAUUUCAUUUCCCUCCAUCUGGUUUGAAGCUGAGGUCAUUUUGGAUAGGCCGUUGA